CGUGAGACCCACUCUCGUUUGUCCUCUGUUCAGCACGGGCUGUCACUAUUUCUUGAGUAAUGUAAAAUGAGUUUCAUCUCAUAGUCAGCAUCCUCCUUCCUCCCUCCCACUGCAAGCUGCUCUAGGGGCUCAGGACAGAGAGCAUCGUCCCUUAGCAGAAACUGAGAGAGGGCCUGUCCCUCUCCCCCAGUCUGGCUUUUCCUGUGCUCCCCAGAGCCAGGACACCUGCUGACUCACAUCUCGGGAAGAUGAAUGGACAGUCUUUGAUUGGUGGCACUGAUGACGCCCAUCACGGUCCUCUUUGGAUAGAUCCUUUUGGAAAUAGAGGCGGUAAGGCAGCACCAGGAGGCUUCAGACGGCUAAGCUUGGUCCUGGCACACAGGUGGCAAGAACAGGAGCCAGAGGAAGAGGUAGACAUGGAAGACAGUCCCACGAUGGUUAAAGUAGAUCGUGGGGAAAACCAGAUGUUAUCAUGCCAGGGAAGAAGGCGUGGCCUCCAAGUAUUUGGCUAUGUCACAGGUGAUAUGAAGGAGUUCGCCAACUGGCUUAAAGACAAGCCUGUGGUGCUCCAGUUCAUGGACUGGAUACUUCGUGGCAUAUCACAGGUGGUGUUUGUCAGCAACCCCAUCAGUGGAAUCCUGAUUCUGGUGGGACUUCUGGUCCAGAACCCCUGGUGGGCUCUCUGUGGCUGUGUAGGAACUGUGGUCUCCACUCUGACAGCCCUCUUGCUCAGCCAAGACAGAUCAGCAAUAGCAGCCGGGCUCCAGGGUUACAAUGCCACUUUGGUAGGAAUACUCAUGGCUGUCUUCUCCGACAAGGGUGACUAUUUCUGGUGGCUGAUAUUCCCUGUUUCUGCUAUGUCUAUGACUUGCCCAAUUUUUUCGAGCGCAUUGAGCUCACUGCUCAGCAAGUGGGACCUGCCCGUCUUCACUCUCCCUUUCAACAUGGCUUUGUCGCUGUACCUUUCAGCCACAGGACACUACAAUGCGUUUUUUCCAAGUAAACUCUUCACACCUGUCAGCUCCGUGCCCAACAUCACGUGGUCUGAGCUCAAUGCCCUUGAGCUGCUGAAGUCCCUUCCCACAGGAGUUGGUCAGAUAUAUGGCUGUGACAACCCGUGGACAGGGGGCAUUUUCCUAUGUGCCAUCCUGCUUUCCUCCCCACUCAUGUGCCUGCACGCUGCUAUUGGAUCACUGCUGGGUGUCAUCGCAGGGCUCAGUCUUGCAGCUCCGUUUGAAGACAUCUACUCUGGGCUCUGGGGUUUCAACAGUUCUCUGGCCUGCAUUGCAGUUGGUGGGAUGUUCAUGGCGCUCACCUGGCAGACCCACCUCCUGGCUCUUGCCUGUGCUCUGUUCACUGCCUACUUCGGAGCCUGUAUGACAAACCUGAUGGCUGUGGUUCACCUGCCAGCUUGUACCUGGUCCUUCUGUUUGGCCACACUACUCUUUCUCUUGCUGACCACGAAAAAUCCCAACAUCUACAGGAUGCCCCUGAGCAAAGUUACCUACUCUGAGGAGAACCGCAUCUUCUACCUACAAAACAAGAAAAGGAUGGUUGAAAGCCCCCUGUAAGAGCAACGCCACCCAACAGCUGUGAUCAUGAGUCAGUUCUAAGUGCAGCUCUAGUUGGCUUUCCAGGUUCUCUGCAAUUGCUUUUCUUCAUUGAGAACAACUUCCAUACUCUCAGCAACCCGCUCUCUUGCUUGCUUCAUGUUUUUCUUUUUGACUGUAUAUAAUCAAUCAUAUCAGAGUCCUGUCCAGGUGAUGUUCUCUGGAAUGGAAUUUAAACCCCGCUGUGUGUUGGGGGUCAGCGGGAGUAUCACUCAGACUGCAAUGUAUUUGUAAAGUCAAAAUGUUUCAACAGAAAGAAGAAAUGGAAGCAGCAAAAAUUAUUGUUAUUUAAAGCUAUCUUUGAUGUCAGUAUUAAAAAAAUCAAACUCUGUAAACCAUGUAAGCCUUGCAGAAUUCACAGGCACAGAAACAAAGCAGCCCAGAGUUCUCAGGUAGGCUGUUUGCUUUUGGAAUCAGUGCAAGUUACUCAUAGCAACAGUGUCCAACAUUGCAGUGGGUCACGUUGAGCAAAGCGCUGGUCCCCAGCUCACCAGCAGAGUGGUGAUGUCCUCUUAAUGAAAAUGGUUAGCUUUUUUUUUUCUAAGCUGACUGAGCUGUGGGAAGGACUUUGAUGGUCAAAAUAGUUUUGCAUUGCCACACUCAGAAUUUGCAAACUCUGGUCAAGUUUAUUUUUUCUUUAUGAAAAUAAUAUUUCCCCACUGAUAUAUGUUUGCAGCUAGCCAGUUAUUAGACAUU